CUUUUGCCAUGCUUACAUUUCAUAUUCAAAUACUCCGCUGGGAGGCGGGAACUGGGGAAGAAAGAAACUCCCCAGGAUUGGAAGAAGAGCUCAUCAGAACUCAUUACACCUAAACUAAAGGACAACUGUUGAAACUCACCCUUACCAAGCCUUCCUGAAAGCAGCUUUUCUGCCAUUUCUAAAAGCAGCUUUUCUCUCUGCUCUAGAUUUUACAGACAAAGAAACACCCCAGACAUGACCUCAGAGACCUACAUGCCAGGCCCCAUGUGCCUCAUCGAGAACAUGGAGGGGCAGCUAGUGGUCAAGCAGGAAGCCCUGCAGAUCCUGUCGGCCAUCACGCAGCCCAUGGUGGUGGUGGCCAUUGUAGGCCUCUACCGCACAGGCAAAUCUUACCUGAUGAACCAGUUGGCUGGGAAGAAACAGGGCUUCUCUGUGGGCACCACGGUGCAGUCUCACACAAAAGGAAUCUGGAUGUGGUGUGUGCCUCAUCCUGAGAAGCCAGGCCACACCCUAGUUCUGCUGGACACUGAAGGCCUGGGUGAUGUAGAGAAGGAUGAUGAUAAGAAUGAUACCCAGAUCUUUGCUCUGGCAAUCCUUCUGAGCAGCACCUUUGUAUACAAUACCAUGAACAAAAUUGACCAGGGAGAUAUUGACCUACUGCACAAUGUGACAGAACUGACAGAUCUACUCAGGGCAAGGAAGUCGCUUGAUCUUGGACACGAGGAUGCUGAUGACAUUGUAAGCUUCUUUCCAGACUUGGUGUGGACUAUAAGAGAUUUCUACCUAAGCCUGGAAAUAGACGGACAACUCAUGACAGCAGAUGAAUACCUGGAGAAUUCACUGAAGAUAAAGAAAGGUAGUGAUCAAAGAACACAAACUUUCAAUUUGCCGCGGUUGUGUAUUCAAAAGUUCUUUCCUACAAAGAAGUGCUUUGUCUUUGACACACCCACUCACCAGAAGAAGGUCUCCCAGCUAGAGACACUGCAGGAUGAUGAGCUGAGUCUUGAAUUUGUGCAACAAGUGGCAGAAUUCUCUUCCCACAUCUUUACCAAGUCCAAGAUCAAGAUUCUUCCAGGAGGCAUCAAGGUCAAUGGCCUUCGUCUAGAGAGCCUGGUGCUGACCUAUGUCAAUGCUAUCAACAAUGGAGAUCUGCCCUGCAUGGAGAAUGCAGUCCUGGCCCUGGCCCAGAGAGAAAACUCAGCUGCAGUAGAAAAGGCCCUUGCCCACUAUGACCAGUUGAUGGGCCAGAAGGUGCAGCUGCCCACAGAGACCCUCCAGGAGCUGCUGGACCUGCACAGGGCCAGUGAGAGAGAGGCCAUAAAAAUCUUCAUAGAGAACUCUUUCAAGGAUGAGGACCAAAGUUUCCAGAAAGAAUUAAAGACCCUACUAGAUGCAAAGCAGAAUGACAUUUGUAAGCAGAACGAAGAAGUCUCUUCAGAUCGUUGCUCAGCUUUGCUUCGGGAUAUUUUUGGUCCACUGGAAGAAGCAGUGAAGCAGGGGGUUUAUUCUAAGCCAGGAGGCCAUAAUCUCUACCUUCAGAAGACAGAGGAGCUGAAGGCAAAGUACCAUCAGCAGCCCAGGAAAGGAAUACAGGCUGAGGAAGCUCUGCAAAAGUAUUUAAAGUCCAAAGAGUCUGUGAGUAAAGCUGUUCUACAGACAGACCAGGCUCUCACAGCCAAGGAAAAGGAGAUGAAAGAGGCACGUAUAAAAGCAGAGGCUGCCAAGGCUGAAGCAGAAAGGUUGGAGGCGAUUCGUAGGCAGAAACAGCAAAUGAUGGAGGAGAGGGAGAGACUCCAUCAGCAGCAAAUAAGACAAAUGGAGAUAGAUAAAGCAAACUUUCAGGCACAGCAACAGAGGGAGCAGGAACGUCGACUCCAGGAAGAAGCCCAGAGGCUCAAAUUGAUCCAUCAAGCUCAAAUUGCAAGAUUUCAAGCUCAGAUCCAGCAGCUCCAAAGCACAAGGCCUCAGCCACAACCUGAUCCAUGUUUGAUACUCUAAAAUGCUAAACAUUAAAGCUUCCUUUUCUUAUUUCUUCUCACUGAAGACACAAAGGAACAAGAAACUAAAGAACUUGGGACAAUCAACAUUUAAAUGCCUAGUCUUCUGCCUAGUCUUCCAAUUUGUCUCUAGGUAUUGCAAGUUACCCAGGUGUCUAGUUAUUGCAAAUUACUACAUGGGCUCAGUCAAAUGGAAAGGUACCCAGGUCUGGGGUCAGUAGGGCUUCACUUCUACUGCUGGUCAUGUGCUGGAUACCAUCAGAGGGAGGCACCAGUGGUAAAGUAGGAACAAUCUGCAGUUCUCACCUGGGUGGAGACUGCUAUUCUAUGGGCAAUGGUACAAAUCAUCAGCACUGUCAGUUCACCUUCUGCAAAGAGAAAUCCCAAGCUGAAAGAAAACAAUGUUAUCAUGAAAGGGAGAUCUUUAGAGGAUGAAAAGAAAUACUACUGUGGAAAUUGUGUCAUAGGCUUAAGGACUAAAGAAAAAGCCUUUUCCUUUUACUCAUCCUCAAUAAGUCAUGACUUAGAGCAUGUUAUAAUAGGUAACAACUUAUUUGUGACUUGAUAUUUUUGUGUUACAUUUUUAUAAUCCUUUAGCUUGUAAAUAGGAGGCAUAAGUAAUAAUGUGUAAUUAGCCAAAAUUAUAAUGGUGCUCAUUUAAUUUUAUAUUUGUUAUAAUACUAAAGUUAAAUCAUCAUACCAUAUGAAAGCCUGCUGGCAUUUUUUAAAAAGUAUUAAUUGUAUGGGCUGGGGUUGUGGCUCAGCAGUAGAGUGCUCGCCUAGCAUGUGUCAGGCCCUGGAUUCCAUCCUCAGCACCACAUAAAAAUAAAUAAAUAAAUAAAUAAAUAAAUAUAUUGUGUUCAACUACAACUAAAAAAUUAAAAAAGUAUUGAUUGUACAAAUGUAUCUGUUAGUACCUAGUUUUAACUAUGAAAAUAUUUUUAAACCAUAACUCUGUUGCUUUGCUUUUAUGUCUCUCAGUAUAUAAAAUUCUAUUGGGAAAGCUUCUGAAUUUCCCUCAGAAGAUCAGGAAUUACUUUAAAACUGGAACUAAAUUGCUUUUUGCAAUAUCUUUUUGUUUUCUGUUUGUUGUGUUUAACUCUAGUAAAAUAUGCUUUAAAAAUUAUAGGACCACCCCACAAAGCUCUAGUUUUUUCUCCCUUAUAACUGUUUGCUUAUGUAAAGAUUUUACUUUGGGUGAUAUUAUAGGAUCUUUACGUUUUUUUUAAGUUCCUCAAAAUAUGAUUUACUCAUAUGCAAAAGAAAUACACAUUAAUGUUAUUGACUGUACUUUUUCUUAUGCUUUGGAGUGUUUUAUUUCUCUGAAUUUCUCAUAGUAUUGCAGCAAUAGUAAACAUGUAUGAUUUCUUUAUUCCUUAGCAUCAUAAAUAGCUAAUAAAAGCAGGUAAUAUUUUGUCAGUGCCUGUUGUGGUCACUGUAAUACCUCAUGCAUUGUUCACAAAAUCCUUUGAGCAUGCAGUAUUGCUUUAUUACAAUUAUCAUUACUUAAAAUAUUUCAUAUUUAUUAGUGUUAUUAUUAUUAAAGUUAUUACUUUUAAGGCAUUCAAGAUAAUUAAGUCACCUAGAGGCAAUGCUGCAGAGGCUUUUCAGAUCUGGACCCUUCAUCUUAAAACUGUUUUUCUUGUCUUGCUUAGUAAGACAAUAUUUCUAUAAAUAUUAAGUAAUAUGUUAAAAUCUAGAGAACAGUACUAAAAUAAUGAAAACCAAAAUCAGAGUGUCAAAACAAUGAAAAAGUAUUCAACACAAAAAGUAAGGAGACUAUCAAAAAUAAAAGUUAAAAGUGUGGUAAUGACUCUUGAAUAUACAGAUCACCAAUAAAACAGAAUGGAAAGUCCAAAAUAAACUAUGUAGGAAGCAUGGAGAGUAAAGGUGAAAUUCUAAAUAGAAAGAGACAGCUGCAUGGCCACUUAGAAAGAGAUCAUGUCAGAACCAGAUCUUAUAUCAUACACUAAAAACAACAACAAGAAAAAGAGUUUAAAGUAUAAAGAUGUAAAACCCAUUUUAAAAUCCAAGGUUAUAUUUUUUCUGAACCUAUAGGAGAGGGCCUUUCUCUGAGUCAAACCUAUUUUGAAGUGUCUCUUGGUCUCAUAACUCAAUCAGUUACAACACAAUCUCUUGAUCCUUUUCAAAGUAAGAUUUUGAUAAGUUACAUCCCCUCCUUUGCUUUUAAAAAUUAUAAAAUAUGACACAUUCAGACGAGUGCAUCAAAUAUAAAGCAUACAAAUAAUAUAAAUUGUAACACCACACCCUAGAAGCAAAUUCAGCCUUGCUAAAACCCCAAAGGAGUAUAUUACAACUUCUGACAACCUUGCUAGAGAAAACCAGUAUCACAACUCUUGAAUUCCCCCUGGACUGUAUCAUAUACAGGCGAUGUCUGAAAUACUGUAAUUUAGUUUGCUCUGCUUUCCAUACAAAAAAGUUUUUGUUGCAUGUCUUCUUUUGUACUUUUGUUCAUUUGUUAAAGAUUUGUUAAUGAUUCUUCUAGUUCAUUGUGUAGUUGAAAAAUGUAUUGUACAAAGUAACAUUGAGUUGUUUGUAAUGCUAUUGAUAAAUAUGUAAAUUCUCA